AUGAAGCGAGUUAACGGUACCGAGGAUCACAUGGUGUUUUACGCACACGAAGUCUGGACUCCGCCACUUGUCAUCAACAAUGCGAUCGGCAGGUCAGCAAGUGUUCUUCAGGGAGACAGUGUGCCCCUCAAAGUGUUAAAGGACGGAACAGUAAUAUGGAUACCACGAGUGGCCCCUAGUACAGCAUGUGGGUUCGACAUUCGAUAUUUCCCAUACGAUAUUCAGAUCUGCUAUGUGGAACUCGGGAGCUGGGUCCACCCAACUUCGGAUGUCACGUUGAGAAGUGUCAAGUCACGUGACAAGGAUGUUUCCCUGGCUCUGUACUCUGGAGACCGACAGUGGCACAUCAUGGAGGACUACCUGUCGGUCAAGUCUCACAGUGUGGAAGGGGGUUUUGGCUUCAACUACUCCAGCCUGACUUACACCUUCGUGUUUCAGCGUCAGAGACCGUUCUAUACCUUACUGAUGCUGGUGCCGUUCUGUUUCCUCUCGUUCCUGUUGAGUGGGGUGUUUCUUAUACCAUUCACAAGAGCAGACAAGUUGUUGUAUUCCUUGGCAAUGCUGGUGUCCCUCAGUGUGUUUCUGUUCCUUCUGUUCAGCAUACUGCCUCCAGUUUCAAGUUCGGAUGACUUCCACUUGGGGAACUACAUGGUGUCCGUGGUAACCCACGGGCUGAGCGUGAUUGUGGUGAGCGUGAUCCUGCUUAGCGUCCACAAGUACAAGGAGGCUACGGAAGACAAGGGCAAGCCCAGCAGCUGUACCUCCCUGCCUGCCAUUGACUUGGUUCUGUCUACCGUGUCGGCUCUCGUCAACAUUGUUCUAGUGGCAUUAUACUCUACAAGACUUGGGGACGCGGAUUCGGUGGUGUCACAACUUCCACGAGUCUCCUAG